AUGCCGCCGCGUAAAAUCCCGCAUGUCCUAUACCUGGACAGGGGCAAGAUGCACCAUAUCGAUCCGUCAAAUGCCUGCAGUUUAAUGGCAAUGUGGUCCAUGUUCUCCAAGUGCUCAGAAACGCUGGACGAGGGUCCGCGGUUAGAAAACUUGAGUUGGCGGAUAUGGUCGCGAGAGUCAUUAUGUGUGACCCCCAUCGACUCCCCUCCACCGAGGGCCAGCCAGGUGCCGUCGCUCUCAAAUUCAUGGUCGUCAAAUGACAGUCUCAGCGAGGGACGAUGCAGCCCAGCCCCCGCCAGGAAUAGGUGCCGGUCCCGAUCCCCGCCACAGGACGACUGCUCCAGCUCCCUCUCAAAGUCUCGACAUCUGAGUCCCCUCACACUGGAAAAAAUUGUGGCUUCGAUCCAAGACAAGACCGAUCUAUGUCCUCUAUCUCCUUCACUCGAGGCCAGCCGCCCGUUCACGAAAGUGCCAACCCUUGGAGAGCAGAUAUCGGACAAACAAGACAACGAAGCAGAAGCACCGCCUCGCACGGGGAUGAAAAAUCUCCAAGAUUCCACCAACUCAUGUCUCUCCAAUACCACCACCACAACAUUAAGCACAGCUCGUCAGAGCGAGCAUCGUGAUUCCGACACUUCGGUCUCCUCGGACGGCCUAAUUCCAAGUGGUUCCGUGGUCCAUGGCUUUUCUCCCGUUGCCUCCUCGUGUCGUUCGCGCACUACCAGCUCGGGUAUGAAGCCCCUCGCUCCGUCCAAGCUCAUCCCUCAAGCCAAAGGUGCCCUCAAAUCGACGGCCAUGUUCACGCUGGGGGGCUCUUCCGAGGAUGACGAAUCUUCAUUCGAGCAGCGAGUGCUGUCUCUCAGAGCUCCUCCUCAAAGAAGCUCACUGUCUCAAAGUCUGAGCAAACAGAACCUGUCGGAGCGCAAGAGUGAUUUGCCGCCCAAGAGAACUUCUUUCCGAGAUGUCGUUGCCGAGCGGAGAAUCCAAGAAGACGCCGAAAACGACGAAGGAGCCAUCGCAAGCAGCGACGAGGAGGACGAUACUGACGAAGUUAUGGAAUCAGCCAUUGACGAGGACGAGGAAGACGGCGAUGACUGGGAAGACUCAACUUCGGAUGAUGGCAAGGCUGUCCAAGAACCCCAUCUUUUCCGGCGUGUCGAUAGCCGCAGUGUCUUGCCAUCGCGCCGCUCCAUGCUGACUUUGGCCUUGAAUAAAGGCCAAGCAGGCCUAGCACACGCAUAUUCUCAACCCACACUACAUCGACCAAGGCAAACGUCGCCUCCACAAGGCGCCUCAUACGCCAACUCACCUGAUGAGGAGGACGGCAUGAUGAUGCAAACGUCAAACCGGCCACCAAUCGCCAUUCCACCCCCCAAAUCAUCCUCCAAACCUGUGGCCCAUUCGCCACGGACGACAAGACGUAACAUGCUGUCGACCGAAUUGACCGAAUCUCUACGCAAGAACCUGCUCUGGGAGAGACAGCAGAAGUCUCAAACUGUCAAUGCUUUUCUCAAGCGUAGCAGAAAUGCCCAGUCGAUGGCGAAUCUCUCCUGUGCUGCCCAAGCUGGAGGCCCUCCUGUCCAGGCCGUGGCCCCCGUGGUGGACUCGUCCAAGGACGACGCCUGGACGUUUGAUAACACUUGGGAGUACCAUACCAAAGGCUGGUAG